AUGAAUUUUAUUUUUGCUUUUACUGAAAGUCCCUAACAACUCAACUGCUCAAUCUUCUCAAAUAAAAUUCCAUCCAUACGAUGUCAUCCCCCGAAGACUCCAAAUCCGCGGCCGAGAGCUUGCGCCAGUUCCUCCGUGAGCUCGAACGCGACAACGACCUGGUAACCAUCACCAAAGACGUCGAUCCACACCUCGAAGUUGGCGCAAUCAUUCGAAAGGUCUACGAAACAGAGGCAAAGGCCCCGUUGUUUGAGAGCUUCACCGGAUACGAUAGGGGGAAGUCCGGCCUGUUCCGCAUCCUAGGCGCCCCCGUCGGCCUCAGCAGCGUGGCCGGCCAGAAGCUCGGUCGAGUUGCCAGAUCCUUGGGACUUCCGCCUACUGCUACUGGCAGGGAUAUCAUACUGAAGAUAAAUGACGCCAAGGGAAGACCGGCUUUGCCUUCAGUCAAGCUCUCCACCGGACCAGUGAAGGAAUACAAGUUGUUUGGCGACGAGAUUGAUCUCACGGCACUUCCGGCACCACUUGUCCAUAAAGAUGACGGGGGAAAGUUCCUGCAGUCAUUCGGAAUGCACAUUGUUCGCACACCAGAUGGGAAGUGGGUGAACUGGUCGAUUACCCGGAACAUGGUGAAUGAUGCACGAUCACUCGUGGGCCCGGUCAUCCCGAAACAGGACAUCGGAGUCAUUUUUCAGAUGUGGAAGGACAGGGGCGAGGAUAUGCCUUGGGCUCUCUGCUUCGGUGUCCCGCCUGCUGCGAUCAUGGUCAGCGGCAUGCCCAUUCCACAAUGGACGAACGAGACGGAGUUCAUCAGCGCAAUAACGGGUAAGCCUAUGGAAGUGGUGCAGUGCGAGACAAAUGAUCUUUGGGUCCCAGCAAACGCGGAGAUGGUGAUGGAAGGCGUUGUGUCCAUCUCUGAGACCGCCCCGGAGGGCCCCAUGGCCGAGUAUCACGGCUUGGUGUUUCCCGGAGCAGCUAAGCAAUGUCCGGUUUUCAAGGUCAACGCCAUAACGCAUAGAAAAGAUCCCAUUGUGCCGAUCUCCGUCACGGGUAGGGCCACCGAGGAGAGCCACACGCUGUGGGGGGUCAUGCAGGCAGCCGAAGUCCUGCAUAUAUGCCAGCAGGCGGGAUUUCCUGUCAAGAUGGUUUGGAACCCCUUCGAGUCGCACUGUCUGUGGUUCGUGCUUCAGAUUGAUCGGACGCAGCUGAAGAAUUGCAAGACCGAAAUGAAAGAAUUCUGCGUGAAGCUGGGUCAUCUGGUAUUUGGCUCGAAGCCGGGGUGGUAUAUCCCCAAGCUGUACGUUGUCGGGGAUGAUAUUGAUCCCACUGAUCUGAAUGAGGUUAUCUGGGCAGAAGCGACUCGCUGCCAACCGGGAGUGAAUGAGUUUUUCUUUGAUCAGUAUGGCAACAUUCCCUUGAUCCCGUAUGUUACCCAUGGCGUUCAGCCAACUACUGGGUAUCAUCAGAAAGUGGUUCGAUGUUGCAUGUUCCCAUGUGAGUUUGAGGAUGAUAUUGUACAUUGGAAUGUGGGUUCUUUCCGUGGAUCUUUCCCUGAGGACGUCCAAGAGAAGGUGAAUAAGAACUGGGGCGCCUAUGGGUUUGAUGUUUAAGCAAUAGUACACAAAAGUGUAUUCUAGCAAAAGCACCCCGAGAAAUAACUAUUAGUUGAAUCUCACUUAGAGCAUACUCCAAAUACCAUCGAACUUAUAAGACUGUCUAUGCUCAUGCCAGUCUGUUCUUCCCGCCCCGGCGCUGCGCACCCACCUG